AAACUGUAACAGAUCUGAAAGAAGGAAAUAUAUAUAUAUAUAGUGGGUAUAUUGUUGUUGUUUUUUUUCUCUCUCUCUUUUUUCAGAGAAAAAGAGGAUGAGUAGUAGAAAGAAUGGUGGAGUUGGUGGGGUACAAUCCAUACCAGCAGGUUCAAGGAAGAUGGUGCAGAGCUUAAAGGAGAUAGUUAAUUGCCCUGAAGCAGAGAUCUAUGCUAUGCUUAAAGAAUGUAAUAUGGACCCUAAUGAAGCCGUUAAUAGGCUUCUUACUCAAGAUACUUUUCAUGAGGUGAAGAGCAAACGUGAAAAGAGAAAAGAGAGUAAGGAUAUAACUGAAUCCAGGCCACGUGGUGCAAUUAGCAAUUCAGGCCGUGGCAGCAGGGGAGGUGCAGAACGAUAUGUUGGGCGUGGUGGAUCAGAGUCUACCAAGCCUACUCCUGGAUACAGAAAGGAGAAUGGAUCAAAUACGAGUAAUGUGACUUCUACUCCUGGAGUUUCCGGAAGUAACAUAAGCAGGAGGGCUACAACCAUCAGCUUGUCUGAUACGUAUUACAGUGAUGUUGCUGCAAAUGAAAGUAAAUGGCCAGCACCUGCAGCAGUUGAUGGUGUUUCAUCAGUCUCACAGCAUUCUUCUGGAUAUCAACCCACUUGGGGUGGGGUGCCUGGUCAAGUUUCCAUGGCUGAUAUUGUGAAGAUGGGUAGACCACAGAGCAAAGUGCCGAGUGUAGCUCACCACAAUGUCAAUGCCAACCAAAACCAUGUUCAGGGGCUCCCUUCUGGUGCAUCACAUCAAAAUAUUCAGUACUCUGAUGAUCAUACUUCCAAAUUUUCUGAGAUGCAUCAAGAGCCUGGGGAUUAUCCGGUGCAGCAUCUUUCAACUGAUGAGGAAUGGCCCGUGAUCGAGCAGCCAUCUAUCUCGGAGCCUCCUGCUGAUUCAGAGCUGCAUCCUGAUCCAGCUAACGUGUCAUAUGACAGAAUUAAUCCUCAAACUGAGAUUGAUGAGGUUCAGGAGACAGAUGACCCCACAGUUGAAAAUCUUGGUAGUCCUCCAAGCAGAAAGUUGCAGGAGGAUAAUGCUGGAGGGGCAUCUCUUUAUGAGAAUGACCUCUACAGAUAUCAAAACCAGAAUCAUACUUUCGAGCAUCAACAAGUUGAAGAUGUUAAUGUCUCUGCUUCAUCAGUUACUGCAAACUUGCAACAGUUAAAUGUACAGGAUGAUCAAGAGUUGCCACCCGAGGGAGACGGUCCUUCUGUUGUAAUCCCAGACCAUCUUCAAGUUCAAACUGCAGACUGCUCACACCUGAGCUUUGGUAGCUUUGGCACUGGUAUUGGUGGAUCCUUUUCUGGGCCUUCAGCAUCUGCUCCAGUGAAAGCUACUUUGGAAGAUGCACCUAAGGAGGUGGAUGGUUCAUCAGUUGGGCACUUGGGAUGCAGAGCUCCGGAAUACUAUGCUGACGAGUCUCUUGGCCAUGCAUCUGAGAGUAACUUGUACCAUAGAACUAAUGCAAGUUCCGGAAAUUAUGAUGCACCUUCUGCUUCACAACCAGAACCUCUGAAAGCAGAAAUAAAUGAACACGGAAAUCAAUACUCCUAUCCCUCCUCUGCUGCUGGCUACACAUAUGAAAGUGCACAACAAAUGGCUGCAGCAUUUAGUCAGCCUCAGACAAGUUCCCAGAUGCAAAAUCUUGCUGCUUUCUCUAAUGUAAUGGCCUUCACAAAUUCGUUGCCCAGCACUUUGUUAGCAGCUAAUGUUCAUGCUGGUCGUGAGUCUGAUCUCGCAUAUUCACAGUUUUCUGCAACACAAGCAAUGGCAGCGAAAUAUGGCAACUCUGUUUCUUCAAUUGGUGGUUCAACAAUUUCCUUGCCCGAGUCUUUGAAGACUGUUGGUUAUCCAUCAGCACAGCCUGCACAGCAGACCCUUUCUGGAACUAGUGCCUCCACUGGACCUGCUGUGCCCCAACAUCUUGCUGUACAUCCAUAUUCCCAACAAACACUUCCUCUGGGACCGUUUGCUAACAUGAUCAGUUAUCCCUUUAUGCCUCAGAGCUAUACAUAUAUGCCAUCUGCAUUCCAGCAACCAUUUGCUGGUAACAGUACUUACCAUCAGUCGCUAGCAGCAGUGCUCCCCCAAUAUAAGAACAGUGUUUCUGUCAGCAGCUUACCUCAGUCAGCUAGUGUUGCUUCUGGGUAUGGUGGUUUUGGAAAUACAGCAAGUAUCCCUGGUAACUUCCCAAUGAACCCCCCUGCUGCUCCGUCUGGUACUAACUUGAAUUACGAUGAUGUGUUGAGCUCUCAGUACAAGGAUACCAAUCAUUUGAUGUCUCUUCAGCAGAGCGAGAACUCAGCUAUGUGGCUUCAUGGACCUGGAUCAAGGACAAUGUCAGCUGUUCCUGCUAACACAUAUUAUGGUUUUCAAGGUCAAAACCAGCAAAGUGGUGGAUUUAGGCAAGCUCAACAGCCACUGCAGAACCAUGGAUCUUUGGGCUACCCAAAUUUCUACCAUUCUCAGGCUGGGAUCUCAUUAGAACAUCAACAGCAAAAUCCGAGGGAUGGGUCAUUGGGUGGCGGCUCCCAAGGCCAGCCAAAGCAGUCUCAACAGCUAUGGCAAAACGGCUACUAAUCUCUUACCUGCCUCCUACUUUUUUGGAGUCCUGUAGUGAGUGUGAAAGUGGCCUUUCAGGGUGUUGCUUUGGAAGUAACUAAAAUUCAGAAUCGACUGGCUGCUGCCCUGUGCUUCGAGGUUGUACUUUACAUAUUUGUCAUCAGUCAAAUGUAACGUAGGUUGCGAGCUAACUUCGUGCUAGUGGACUUGUCUUUUGUUUCUUUGACUCUAUGUUACACAGUUAACCCCCUUUGUUUCUUUUUCUAUAGUGAGAAGUGAUGUUCUGUUUCCACUA